ACAUACCGCGUCAGUGCCGCGUCAAACAAGUUGUGCGGCGUGCCGCGUCAAACCUUGUCCAUGCCGCGUCACUGCCGCGUCAAACCUCGUCACUGCCGCGUCACCCGCGCGUCACUGCCGCGUCAAACUUCACUCAUGCCGCGUCAAACCUCACCACCUCAACUAACGAGCUCGGCUAUAUGUUCUCACCGUACUACCACGAGAUGAAGCUGGCACUAUUACUUAUACCGUGACAUCGUCUUGCUAUCGCCAUCCUUAUCCCACCUUCAAAUCGGCUACUGGUGAGUAACUUGGGUUUUCAUGUUCAGUUACUGUUGCUGCCAGGCUUGUUGGAUGAUCUGACAAGCUUGGGACAAUAAUCACAUGGGGUGUUUCACGGCUGCCGUAUGUCGCCGCAACUCGCACCAUCACUGUGAUAAUCGAUAAUCUACGACUCCUACAACAUCGCUUAUCUCGGAACUAACCAACAUGUCAGACAGGAUAAGACAAGUAUAUAAUCACCUCUCAGGUUCAAACACGAUGUCGGCCGAAACAUGGCAGGAUGUUCCCCUUGCUCCACCCGACAGCAUUUUUAAAUUGACCGCGGCGUAUAAGGCGGAUACGUUUCCUCAGAAGGUCAACCUUGGUGUUGGAGCAUAUAGAGAUGAUGACAAUAAACCUUGGGUCCUUCCUGUUAUCAAGAAGGCCACACAAAUUCUUCUGAAUGAUCCUAAUCUCGAUCACGAAUACCUCCCCAUCACGGGUUUACCAGAGUUCAGUGCCGGUGCGGCAAAGCUCAUCCUUGGUGCCGAUUCGCCUGCCAUCGCAGAAGGGCGUGCUGUUAGCGUACAGACCAUAUCCGGAACUGGCGCAAACCACUUGGGUGCCUUGUUUCUAAGCAGGUUUUAUCACUGGGAUGCCCCAAAGCAGAUUUACUUGAGCAAUCCCACCUGGACUAACCACCAUGCCAUCUUCAAGAAUGUUGGAAUCCAACCUAUAGAUUAUCCUUACUAUGACCCGGCCACCAUCGGGCUAGACUUUGAUGGCUUCAUUGGAACCCUAGAAAGUGCUGCGCCGGGCUCGGUAUUUUUACUACACGCUUGCGCCCACAACCCCACAGGAGUUGACCCUACUCGUGACCAAUGGAAACACAUCGCUGAAGUCAUUGUCGCUAAAAACCAUUACGCAUUCUUCGACUGCGCUUACCAGGGCUUUGCGAGUGGCGAUCUCAACAACGAUGCGUGGGCAGUUAGAUACUUCGUAGAGAAGGGUGUGCCGAUGCUUGUGUGUCAGAGCUUCGCCAAGAACGCGGGUCUGUAUGGCGAGCGGAUCGGUGCGCUGCACGUCGUCCCUCCUACGAAGGAUGCUGCAGACCGUGUUAAGAGUCAGCUGUCGGUUUUACAGUGCAGUGAAAUAAGCAACCCACCGGCUUACGGUGCACGCCUAGUCUCGCUUAUUCUCAACGACAGUGCCCCCUUUGACGACUGGAACCGUGACAUCAAGACCAUGGCUGAGCGAAUCAUAUCCAUGCGCAAUGAGCUUUAUCGACUCCUGACGGAGGAGCUGAAAACGCCAGGUAGUUGGGUUCAUAUCAUCAACCAGAUUGGCAUGUUCAGCUUCACUGGAAUCAAUCCAUCUCAGUCUCAAGCACUGAUAGAUACUUUUCACAUUUACUUGACAGCCAACGGACGAAUUUCGAUGGCUGGGCUGAACUCGCACAACAUAAGAUACUUUGCAGAGAGCUUGGACAAGGUGGUCAGGGGGCAGGUGUAAAUGACUUGCGGAUUGCCAAGAUAUUUGAUAGCGAUGUCUUGGAGACGAACAUAUUAGAUCAACUACUAGAAACUCAACUCGGACGUCAGUUAUAAAUAAAUUUCUGCUAUAUUUCCUA